GUUAUAUAUUCGAAUUCAACAUGGCGGUGAAGACGGUUAGCAUUCGGUUAAAAUGUUGCUUGGUAGCCGACGCUGGACGUCGCGACAAUAGGAUAAUGACGUAAUGUGUAGGCUAAAUGGCUCACCGCUACAGUAAGCGAAAUGAACAGUGUAGCCGUUCGAAGCCGGCGAACGGCUCGAAUAAACAGGAUAACGAGAAGAAGACGGCGACAUGCUCGACUAAUCAACUGCCUCAAAAGUACGAUGAUAACCCGAACCGUCAGGCUUAUCAUAAGAUCGAAGAGAUCGUUGAGAAGAUGCAGGACGAGAAUAAUGGCAUUCCAGUAAGGACAGUUAAAAGUUUCAUGUCAAAAAUUCCCAGCGUCUUCACUGGAUGUGAUCUGAUAAAUUGGAUGACGAGGCAGUUAAAAGUGGACGAUACGAUCGAAGCUCUACACGUUGCGCACUUAAUGGCCGCUCACGGUUAUCUCUUCCCAAUCGACGAUCACAUAUUAACGGUGAAGAACGAUAACGCUUAUUACAGAUUCCAGACGCCAUGCUUUUGGCCGUCUAAAAGCGGAGAGCCGGAAAAUACCGACUAUGCCGUCUAUUUAUGCAAAAGAACAAUGCAGAAUAAACAACGCCUCGAACUGGCUGACUACGAGGCGGAAAACCUGGCGAGAUUACAAAAGAUGUUCUCGCGUAAAUGGGAAUUCAUCUUUAUGCAAGCCGAAGCUCAAGCAAAGGUGGAUAGGAAACGAGACAAGUUGGAAAGGAAGGUUCUCGAUAGCCAGGAACGGGCUUUUUGGGACGUCCAUAGGCCGCCACCAGGUUGUGUAAAUACAACCGAGGCUGAUAUUAAAAAGACCUGCCGGUCAAGGCGUCGUACGCCUAUGAAGGUCAAUUACAAUGUACCAGGAGGCCGUUUAAGUCCAACUGUUUCUGAAUCGGAUUUAACAAAUCCUGUCGAACAAGCGCAAGCCGAAGUUAGCCGACUAAGAAUGAUGUUGGAAAGGCGUCGAGUUAAGAUAUCCAAGGUUGCCGAAUCAUAUAUUUCUUAUUUUGGUCAAUAUGUUGAAUACGAUUCGUUCAUAACCCCACCGGAAUGCUCUAAUCCUUGGAUUUCGGAUAACUGCGAGUUCUGGGAACAAGAAUCUUCCUUAACCAACAUAUCUGCUCGACGUGUACGCAGGUGGGCUUUCUCCAUUCAUGAACUGCUCAAGGACGCCGCAGGGCGGGAACAUUUUACGCGCUUCCUAGCCAACGAAUUCAGCACGGAAAACCUGAGAUUCUGGGAGGCCUGCCAGCAGCUUAAAUACGUGGCGCUCAAGAACGUCGAAUCUCGCGUCGCCCAAAUCUAUCAGGAAUUUCUAGCUCCAGGCGCCCACGAUCCGAUUAACGUCGACAGCCGCGUUUCUGAGGGUGUGAAGAAACGUCUCCAGCAGUCGCCCCAAGAUCGUUAUUGCUUUGAAGAGGCGGAGGUAUGCUGA